AAUAACACAAAUCCGAGGCUCAAAUCACAAAGAAUCACGCUUAUUACGAUGGCCAUAGUCCGAUUCUUAGAAUAAAGUUAAAAGAUAAGAAAAUCAUUUUUAGUAGUCACUUAAACGUGGGUGAUGGAACAAGUAUUAUAAUAAUUAAUUUAGUUGAAACUUAUUUCAUUUUUUUAAAAUGUGGGCAUAUCUGAAGGUACCUGUGAAAAUUACUGCCUUUAGACCAGCGAUUUGGAGUUCGUCGCAGAUGGUAGUUACAAGCAUUAGUUCUAGAUCUAUAACACAUCAGGCUGCCUUCGAAAAGAAGGGAUUAGUGGAUCGGAAGCCAAGUAGUUUUAUUGACAGGAGUCAACUAAAGUAUGCAAGGAGAUUGGUGGUAAAACUUGGAAGUGCAGUAAUCACCAGAGAAGAUGAGCACGGAUUAGCACUAGGAAGACUCGCUUCGAUAGUUGAACAGGUUGCAGAAUGUCAGAAUGAGGGACGAGAAUGUAUUAUGGUGACAAGUGGAGCUGUGGCUUUUGGAAAGCAAAGAUUAACUCAGGAAUUAUUGAUGUCCCUCUCCAUGAGGGAGACCUUAUCUCCAACGGAUCACACACGUGAAGAGGCCCCAACUCUUGUAGAGCCUAGAGCAGCAGCUGCAGUAGGACAAUCAGGUCUUAUGUCUCUCUAUGAUGCCAUGUUUUCGCAAUAUGGUGUCAAAAUUGCCCAAGUAUUAGUAACGAAAGCAGACUUUUACAACGAAGAAACGAGAAAAAAUCUAAUUAGUACUCUUACAGAGUUAAUAAGCCUAAACAUUGUGCCAAUUAUUAAUACGAACGAUGCCGUUUCCCCUCCACCACAAAUAGAUGAACCAAUAGGAGGAAAGGCUGGAAAAAAAGGCAUUUCUCUUAAGGAUAACGAUAGCUUAGCGGCUAUGCUAGCUGCUGAAAUUCAGUCCGAUCUUCUUAUUCUUAUGUCUGAUGUAGAUGGCAUUUAUGACAAACCACCGUGGGAAGCUGGAGCAAAAUUCUUGCAUACGUUUACCUCAAGUUUAAGUCACACUAUUGAAUUUGGACAAAAAAGUAAAGUUGGUACAGGAGGAAUGGACUCUAAAGUAACUUCUGCUACAUGGGCAUUAGAAAGAGGAGUUUCAGUUGUUAUAUGUAACGGUACACUAGAUAAAGCUAUAAGAUCUAUCAUGGCUGGAAGAAAAGUUGGUACUUUUUUUACUGAACAUUCACUAGGAGGACCUGUUUCUUCUGAAGUUGUAGCCGAAAAUGCUCGACUUGGCGGCCGUAUUCUAGCUACAUUAAGUCCUGAUCAACGAGCAUCGUGCGUUCAUAACUUGGCGGAUCUCCUUAUCUCAAAACAGGCAGAAAUUCUGGAUGCAAAUCAAAAAGAUCUUCAAGAAGGAGCUAAAAUGGGUCUAGCCAAGCCACUUAUGUCAAGACUAUCUUUAACACCAGCAAAACUUAGAAAUCUUUCCAUCGGUUUAAAACAGAUUGCUGAUAGUAGUCACAAUAAUGUUGGCAGGGUUUUAAAAAGAACAAAAUUGGCUGACGGUUUGAUUUUAAAGCAAAUCACAGUACCUAUAGGUGUUCUCUUGGUUAUUUUUGAAUCUAGACCGGAUUCUUUACCUCAAGUAGCGGCCCUGGCAAUUGCAUCUGGGAAUGGUUUAUUACUGAAGGGUGGAAAGGAAGCUAUGCAUAGCAAUAAAGCUCUUAUGCAACUUGUUACUGAUUCAUUAAAGACUAUCGGGGCAGAUAACGCUAUUUCUUUGGUAUCUACCAGAGAAGAAAUUAGCGACUUAUUGACAAUGGAAAAUCACAUAGAUCUUAUUAUUCCUAGGGGUUCGAAUGAAUUAGUCCGCAGUAUUCAAGACCAAAGUCAGCAUAUACCAGUGAUGGGUCACGCGGAAGGUAUUUGCCAUGUGUAUGUAGAUAAAGAAGCAGAUCUUCAUAAAGCCCUAAGAAUAAUAAGAGACUCAAAAAUGUGACUACCCGGCAGCUUGCAAUGCUAUGGAAACCCUUCUUAUUCAUAAAGACCUUAUGGACGGAGACUUCUUUACAGAAAUUUGCAAUAUGCUUAAAAAGGAAGGUGUUAAAAUUCAUGCAGGACCAGUACUUACCCAAAUGCUAACCUUCGGUCCACCUUUGGCAAAAACAAUGAAACAUGAAUAUGGAUCGCUUGAAUGUUGCAUAGAGGUUGUUGAGAGUUUAGAAGAUGCUAUCAAACAUAUCCACACGUUUGGAAGUGCGCACACUGAUGUAAUCGUUACAGAAAAUAUCAAUAAUGCAAAAUCAUUCCAAACCAAAGUAGAUAGUGCUUGCGUCUUUCAUAAUGCCAGUUCUCGAUUUGCUGAUGGUUUCCGAUUUGGUUUGGGGGCCGAAGUAGGUAUUAGUACUGCCAGAAUUCACGCAAGAGGACCAGUUGGAGUGGAAGGACUUUUAACAACCAAAUGGGUUCUCGACGGGCAAGACCAUGCUGCAGCUGAUUUCGCAGAAGGUGGAGAUAGAACGUGGCUUCAUGAAUCAUUACCAGUUGAUUAGAUACGCUUUUAGGUAUUAGUAGCAUAUAGUAAUAGAACAUUUAACUAUAUUUUAAAUUUAUUAUUUAUUAAUUUCAACGAAACAAAAUCAAAUAUAAAUAUUUUAGUUAAACAUUGAAGAAGGAUGAAAAAUGAUAGUUUUAUUAGGAAUUCAACGAAAUUUUAAUUAAUAUAUAACACUACAAUUUUUGAAAUUUGGCAUAAUUUUCUAGAUCUGUGUCUAUUCAAAAACGAAAUUAUUUUAUUUAUUUAUAAAAUUUUUAGUUUUAUUUUAUAAAUAAUGACUUUUGUAGUAAUUAUUUAAAAUUUAAAAUGAUUUGUAUAUUUGUAUAUAUUUAAAAAAAUUAUAACAUUUUGUAUUUGCGUUAAUAAUAAAGUUUGAAACAACAUA